CGGGGUCCCCCUGAGAAAUCGCUCGCAUUGCCUCGAUCAGCCGAGGAGAAAUCCGGGAAGGUCAAUCGUUUGGUGAAUCGUGAUACGAUGGGUACAUCGAGGCCGCAUCAUUGGCUUCUCGCUGCAGUUGUCCUGAGUCUUUCUUCAAGCUUGGUGACGAGCGAGACGCAACAGCAACUGGUGCAACAGCAGCUGGUGCAACAGAGUUUUGACUCCUCGGCCGUCGACGCAAGAAGAGGCGAGACGAAUCGCACGGGAGUGGCGGCAAUUCGCCGGCGAAGAUACGUACGAUUUUCCACGGGUCCCGCCGCGUACCUCUUCGAGAGUGGCGGUCCGCCACCCCUCGGAAGAAACCUCGGGUCGCACCCGGCAGCGCGUUUCGCUCCGCAGGUCCAGUUCCCCGGCUCGUGGAGACAGCACAAAUCUCUCUGGAGGAGCCCCGUAACCGGCGAUUACAACAGGCCGGUGAUGUCCCAUCGGACUCCGCGACUGAUAUUCCGCGACAAUGACUUCCUGCCGCCGGUCGGAGGCGGCGCGUCCUUCUUCCAGCAAUCCAACCAGCUACCAGACUUCGAGGAUGAUGUCAGAGAUCACCGGAAGCAGACGCCGGACGAUUAUCCCAGACUGGAGACAGGUUGCGGCAUACCGGUUGUCUCAAAGCAAAUCGCGCAAAGAAGGAUCGUCGGCGGCGACGAAGCGGGUUUCGGCAGUUUCCCGUGGCAGGCUUACAUACGAAUCGGUUCCAGCAGAUGCGGUGGCACGUUGGUCAAUCGGUUCCACGUUGUCACCGCUGGACACUGCGUUGCAAAAGCAUCCGCGCGACAAGUUCAGGUCACUCUGGGUGAUUACGUGGUCAACUCUGCGAGUGAGUCUCUACCAGCUUAUACUUUUGGUGUUCGAGAGAUCAGAGUUCAUCCGUACUUUAAGUUCACGCCGCAAGCAGAUAGAUUCGACGUGGCUGUGCUUCGGUUGGACCGACCGGUUCAUUACAUGCCGCAUAUAGCGCCCAUAUGUUUACCAGAGAAAAACGAAGAUUUCCUGGGACAAUACGGCUGGGCCGCCGGAUGGGGUGCUUUGCAAGCAGGCUCCAGAUUGCGACCCAAGACGUUGCAAGCGGUGGAUGUGCCCGUAAUCGAUAAUCGCGUCUGUGAGCGGUGGCAUCGGUCCAAUGGCAUCAACGUCGUCAUUUACGACGAAAUGAUGUGCGCCGGUUACCGCAGCGGCGGCAAGGACUCAUGUCAGGGCGACAGCGGCGGCCCGUUGAUGCUGGAGAAAACAGGUCGCUGGUACCUGAUCGGCAUCGUCUCCGCUGGUUAUUCCUGCGCGCAGCCGGGUCAACCGGGAAUCUAUCAUCGCGUGGCGAAGACCGUCGACUGGAUCACAUACGUCAUCAACUCGUAGCGCGCCAUCGAUCGCAGGAGAAUCAUCCCCCCAGGAGAGUCCUGAGAAUGCUUCUGCCGAGCUGCGAACUUUGCAUGACACAAAGUUCGAGCAUCAUCCCUCGUGCCGAGGACAAUUUCGGGAUCUUGCACACGAAGAGUCAAGAAUCAAGUGAUAAGAGCGUAAAAAUGGAAGAAUCUAACGGGAAGAUCAUUUAAACGACUUUUCAAGAGAAGGACUAACGUGAUUAUAGCCAUGUUUUACUUUACGAGAAUGUGAAAGUUAUUUAGGUAAAACUUGCGUCGCGGGAGACUCGUCGUAAAAGUUCAGCGCGUUUGUCGACGCGACUUCAUAUCGACUUCUCGUCGAUAUCGCUUUAGAGAAUGAAUAGAUUCGACGUUCCCUAUUAAAUGUAAUGUGGUAUUACAUAUAGAUAUCUUCAUUGACACAAGCGGGUGGCGCAAGUGUGUUGUAAUUUUAUCGACGUGAAUGCAUUGUAAAUUAAGCGUGUAUGAUAUAUGGACGCAUGGAUUUGCGCUUAAUAAAUACUCCGUUUUUGACUUCA